CCUGCCGCUCGCAUGGGGAGCCGGACCCACGCCGCAGGCCCGGGGGGAGGAAGGGGCGAGAGCGAGCGAGCUGCUGAGCGCAGCGGCCUGGCCCCGUGCCACGGGGCGGAGCAGCGGCGAGCCCCGAGCGCGUUAAAAGCCGCUUUCGCGGAGCGGCGCAGCAAACCCUCGGCGCAAGGGAGGCAGCCGCGGCGUGUGCAGCCUCCUGUCCGCGGGGAUCGCGGCUCUCCAGGCCCGGCGAAGCCGGCGGCAGCGCCUGGCUGGAUGCGGCGGCCCCCCCGGGCGCUCUGAGACCCGCAAGAUGCGCGCUGCUCUGCCCAGCCUGCUGGCCUGGCUGGCGGUGCUGCUGCUGCUGCUCGGGAGGGCGGCGCGCCCGGCCGACGCCUGCAGCUGCUCCCCGGUGCACCCGCAACAGGCCUUCUGCAACGCGGACCUAGUGAUCAGAGCAAAGGCUGUUUCCGGAAAAGAGGUGGAUUCUGGGAAUGAUGUUUAUGGGAAUCCGAUCAAACGGAUCCAGUACGAGAUCAAGCAGAUAAAGAUGUUUAAAGGACCCGACAAGGACAUAGAGUUAAUUUACACAGCUCCUUCCUCGGCUGUGUGUGGGGUGUCACUGGACACCGGAGGGAAGAAGGAAUAUCUCAUUGCAGGCAAGUCCGAAGGCAACGGCAAGAUGCACGUCACACUGUGCGACUUCAUCGUCCCUUGGGACUCCCUGAGUGCCACCCAGAAGAAGAGUCUGAACCAGCGGUACCAGAUGGGCUGUGAGUGCAAGAUCUCCCGCUGUCCCUCCAUUCCGUGCUUCGUCUCCUCGUCGGACGAAUGUCUCUGGACAGACUGGGUGACGGAGAAGAACAUCAACGGGCGACAGGCUAAGCAUUACGCCUGCAUCAAGAGGAGCGACGGCUCAUGUGCGUGGUACCGUGGCGUGGCCCCACCCAAGCAAGAGUUUCUCGACAUCGAGGACCCCUAAGCUGAAUAGCUGCAUUCCAGUACCCAAUAGAAAGGCCUGCAAGAAAUUAGACUGGUCCACCUCUGACAUCACUUCCUGGAAACAGCAUGAAAAUACAGUAUCCCAAGUGGGUCCCAAUCGGGGUGAUUAAAUGCCACGUGCUUCCAAAGUGGGGUGAGGGGCCACUCCGUUGUAUUUAGCUCCCAGCAGUGCUUUCCCAUUCCUUCCUUUCACAGAUGCAGUGGGGCAUUGGAUGGCUUCACACUGGUCGGACUUUGAUCCAUGAGAUCCCAGUGCUGUUCUGGAGGAAACCAGAAUGCUCGAGGGUCGAUGUGUCUCAUUCUGUGUAGCAGGCCUACCAGGUUCCCCUCACCUGGGGCUGGGGUGUCCCUUGCUUUGGGUAGCUCCUGCCCCUCGAUCCCCCAGCACAUUGGCGUCUCUUUUUCAAGCAGCCUUCUCCACUGCCAGAGGAUAGACCAACAUUCCCCAAAUCUCCCUUGUAAGCCCUCUAGUCACACUGCUCCCCUGGUCACACGCACCCCCACCUCUUGGGCUAGAAGGGAGAGCCAGCGAAAGGUAGCACUGGCUGAGUCCCAGCUGGACUGCAGGCGCCAGGAAAGGAUUAGGCUCUAGUGAAGUCUCCUUAGCCCUUUGUCAAGUAAGAUAAAGGCCCUUUGCACUGACAGUGUCCCUGUGGUCCCCAGCAUCAGCAUCUUUUGAGGGGGACUGGAGGGUCCCCGUCUCACUCAUUUGCAAGCACUGUUGUUGUUUCAUGCAUCCCUCCAAGUCAGAGGGUGCUGAGGUUGGACCUCUGGGGUGGCGCAUGCGUGAGACCCCUGCAGGCUUUGGUCCUGCGCCUUCAUCCUGGCAGUUUAGUAAAGAAAGCAAAUCCCCUGGUGGGUAUGUGUGUGCCGUGCUGUGGUGUAGCUGCCGGAUCUGUGUCCUAGUGCAUGCUUGGUGCUUGGUCAGCAUAGUGCUAAUGCCAAGUUCCAGGUUAGGGGAAGGGUUUAGUUAUCGUAUAGCCUGUAGGAUUAUGCAGACAGCAGAGGUAUUAUUGUGAAUUCAUUGCUCAGCAGGACAAUGAACUGAGAGCACUCUAGCCCCACAGACAGUGGCAUGCUGACAAUGACCCAUGGCCGCUUCCCUUGCCGAGAGCCUUUAUUCCCAGCAAGUUGCGUGAAUGCAGGAGCUGGCGAUCGGAGGCUUAUUCCAAGUGCUCUGCUGAGAAACACGGCGCGGUGAGAUACCCCACAGGCCGAGGUAGUUUUCUACCCACUGAUGGCUGUUUGCUGAUCGCAGUUGUGAGGCUCAUGACAGUGAGCUGUGAUAAAAGUAAAGCUUUUCGGACCCUCUCCUACACAGUGAGGGUGCGCAUGCACACACACAACAAACCUGGCCUCUGGCUGCUACAGCCUUCUGUGAAACCCACCCAGCCACCCUCAACCCCGUCUUCUUUGGAGCUGGUUUCAUUUUGCUGAGGCACUAGAGAGCGCUGCAUGGCUAGCCCACCUGGAAUGCGGCCAGCACAGACCUUGGUGAGAGAGAACCUAGAUAUCCUGGCUAAAGCAGGUUUGGGAGAGUCCUGAAAUUAUCCCUGCAGACCGGCUUCAGGGGCAUUUUCAUGCUGUGCAUCGGUGUAAGAUUUUAAUGAUGUCGUAUUGGACCAGUCUGGGUGACUUCAAUAUAUUAAAAAUGAAGAGGGGAAAAAAACUAAUCAAUUCAAUAUAAGACUUCUGUUUGCUUACUGUAUGGUUAUAUCACAUGUGCCAUUUACUCCUGUCUCUGCUGAUGCUCUAUUUUUGAUUUUGAUGUUUCAGUUUGUUUUGGCAUCUGCUGUAUCAUUCCUGUGCUGUAACUUUUUAAUUUCCUUGUUAGGUAUUAGAACUGCACUUACUAUUAUUAUUAUUAUUUUUAAUGCAUUUCUGCAUUGGAAGCAUUCAACAUGAAGUGGGAAGUGUAUCAAGAAAGUCUGUGGAGGGUUGAGUCCUCCAGAUUUUUCUGUUUGUUUAUUUUCCCUCCUUCCCAUCCCCCUCUUCUGCCAAGUGCACAAGUCUUCAGAAGUUGGAUUUGGAGAUGGGAUGUACCAUACAUUUGCCUCUUGCUAGUUUGUCUCCAAGGCCUUGCUGAACAACAAUAUCAUGGCUGUCGGCAAGCACGAUAGGUGAGCCUCACACAAAAGAAUUGCAAAAAUCUCUCUGUAUGUCAGGUAUAUGAAGGAUGCUUGAUUGGCUUUUUUAAUUUAUGUCUUCUGUUCUCAGUUCCAUUCUCUGCCCUUCCUUCCUAGCUCCAGUCUCCUCCUCCAUGCAAGCAAUUCAAAAUAUUUAAAAAAUAAAAAGUUUACAUUAUAGUUAUUUUCCAAUCUUUGCUUGAUAAGUAUUAAAAAUAAGGAGUAUCUAACUUGCUGCCAUAAUUUAAGGCUUUUGGGUGGGGUUUUUGUUUGGGGUUUUUUGGAGCAAUAUGUUUUUUUUGCUGGAAUCUGAAGUCUGAGACCUUCUUGUGCUGGAAACACAUGAAAGUUGUUGAAUAAUGACAAGCAGACUGUGCAUGUCUCUGAUGCUUUGUAUAAUUCAUACGUGGACAUUCAGUCUUUGGACAAUAAACAGUAUUCUAAAAAAUUA